AUGGCAAGGCCACAGGAGGGAGGAGGGAGAAAGGGCUGCCUCCGUGCGUGCGGGUGCGGGCGAACUGGUGCGGCAUUUCAAUUCAGUCCGCAGUCCUUUCCUUUCUCUUAUCCACUCUACGCCGGCGGCUACGCCCAUUCCGUCGUGCGCCGGCGGCCGCCGUGCCUCGCGCGGGAGGAUGGAGUGCGCUCGCCGGGAGGAUGGACGGCGCGGAGAGGCGCGAUCGCUCCCGAGCUCCUGUGCCCACGCCUCGCGCCUCCUUGCACAGCUCCGGCGGCCACUCGCCACACGCCGUCGCCGGCGACCACAAGCAGCGACCGUCGCACCUCUACGCGCGCCACCCCGAGGCCCCAGCCACGCCGCGCCGCCGUCCUCCGCAAUCCCGGCCUCCUCCUCGACCUCGCCUCUCCGUGCGAACAAACGGCGUCGCCGGCGACGGCCACGGCCACCGUGCUUGAGCUGACGGGCGCCGACCGCACGGGGCUCAUCUCCGAGGUGUUCGCCGUGCUGGCCGACAUGAGCUGCAGCGUCGUCGAUGCCAGGGCGUGGUCGCAUCGCGGCCGCCUCGCCUGCCUCGUCUACCUGCGGGACGAGGAUGUGGCCGCCGCCGGUGUGGAGCGCAUCGAGGCCCGCCUCGCCCCCCUCCUCCGCGAGACUCGGAAGCCAGCGGCGGCGCCGUGGCUGCCGUCCCCGCCGACUCCAUCCCGCACGCCGACCGGCGUCUCCACCAGCUCAUGUAUGCCAGCGGCGACCAGGAGCGCGCAUUCCCAGCUCCCUCGGUGUAUGUCAAGAGCUAGGCCGAGCGCGGGUACUCGGUGUUCAACGUCCAUUCCACAAUCAUCUCUUGUACAGUGGCUGAGGAAGAUCCAGGAAAGCAAGAGCUGCGCAAGAGGGGGCAGGAUCAGGAAGAAGCACGGUGAUGGAACCUUAGCAGUAGACCAAAUGCAGACAUGUACAUAAGGGGAUCCGAUUACGAUUAGAUGAUGCAGACCGUGUCCUUGUCCAACAAAACUCAAUCGAGUGUUUGACCCGGAUUGUUCUUUUUUGCUAUAAGAAGGAAGAGUACUACGCUGGAAUCUCCAUCACGUUAAUUGUCGACGAAACAUCCAAUGUUUCCGCCGAGUUCGCAGCAGGAAGGAGCUCCGAGUUCGCCAAUGUCUCCUGCGGCGUCUACACCAGAGAUACGACAGUUAAGAGCGUCACGGGAGGAAGAAGCUCCGAGUUCGCCGGAGGUACACAAACAUCCGUCCAGCACUCCAAUGUCGCCUACGGCAUCUACACCAGAGGUAUGCUUCCACUUGACCCCUGUUAACAAGCGCCGUGAGCAGAGUAGACAUCAGCCAAGUCCAACAUUUGAUUCAGCCAUGUAUGCACAGAGUGUCAAUCAUCAUCCAAAUCCAUACAUUGCGUUAAUUUUCAGACCCUCUAGGUGAUGCUUUUUCAUGUCUAGAAUUGACCCUCGAGGUGAUGCUUUUUCAUGUGUAGAAUUCAGCAUGUUAGGCAAGAGUGUCAAUCAAUCUACUAUAAUAUCGGACAUGAGAGACCAGUCCAAUUUUUCUUCACUACCUCGGAAUAAGGAGCUCAAGUCUGUAGUAGCAGGACUCAUAAGAAAAUGCAUUGACACAUAUAUGUAGUAGAAUCUGAAUCUGUUAAUCUGUUGAAAGAUAAGGAAUCUACUUGAAAGAUAAUGACAAGAGAGACCAGUCCAAUUUUUCUUGUAAAGUGCAUGUUGUUUAAACUCUUAAAUGUUCAUGUCUACCUCUGUUUCUUUCUCAUUGAGUUUUGGUACAUUUGGUAUUGUUUGAUAUGCUAUCUAAUAUAGAGUGUGUGGCCCCACUUCAGUUGUUCAAUUAUUUUUCACUUAGGAGCGGGUGAUUGAUGGGCCAAUUAUGCCAGUAAUGUCCUUAAUUUCAGAGAAGAUGCAAAACAGAUAACAUGGAUGAGCUUGAAUACUUGCCGGUAGUGUAGCUUUCUGCUGGACCAUAUAUUCUGCCCGGAGAAGUUUCAGUGACCGAUGGAAGCUUUGAUGUAUUUUUUUCAAGCAAAAGUAAUCGUCUAUUACCCAUGUCAGGUUUGGACUCAAAUUGUGGUGCUUCUGUUGGCAUUCCUUAUCUUUUAUGCCUGAUGUGAGUCUUAGUGCUAAUAAGAACUAUUUUUUUCCAAAUGGUAAAUCUACCUUUUCCCCAUCAUGUGACUUAAAGCUAAUCUAUUCAUGGUUAGUUUUCCUUCCUGUACAAAGGUCAUCUGUUCCGGUACAGUUUUUCUUCGCUUUCUUUUACUGUAACAUAGACAAUGCUCACAUGGUCGCAAAUUGUAAACAGAGAUGGAAACGUGCAUACAGAUCUCUCAAGCAUGCAAUAUUUUUCCA